AUGUUGUUCAAAUUCCGUCACCCAGAGACCACGGGUUUGGCUGGCUCUCGUGCGCUCGCCGAGCUUGACGGGUGCCUGUGCAUGAUCCGGGACCUUCGCCGCCGCCGUGACGUGGCUGCCAUGUUCGAGGUCUGGAAGCUCAAGGACUAUGAAUCUGGCGUCUGGUCGUUGGACUAUCGUAUCCACGAGGAUCUCCUCGCUACGUCGUCCUCGUCGUCUCAGCUGACGAAGAAGCUGAUGGAACCAUGGCUGGUGAUCCCAAUUUGCUAUCUACCUUCUGAUGACGGUGACGAUGACGACGGCGACGACAGGACGAAGAAGAAAAUCCUACUGGCAACCACGGCACACGACGUGCACCUCUACGAUCCGCAGACCGCCACGCUUGAGACGAUUGCAUCGGCGGCACAUUGUUGUAAAACUACCCCGACCCGACCAACGAAGAUAACGAACUGUACCUGGUUAUGCGCCAGGAGAGCCUCCUUCACAUCGACGGCAUGGAAUAUGGUGCAAAAGGGAUCACUGAAUUAA